UUGUAUCGUUAUCGCUGGCCGUAUUGUAUACAAACAAAAUUUAAAAGUAAAUUUUUUGUUUUUCGAUUUAACUAUGCAUCGUUCACAUCCGAGUACCACGCGACGGAAGCAUUUGAUUAAGGAAAUGAUGGAGGAUGACUAUGAACUGCCCACAGAGCAGCAGCAGAUCGUGCGCGUCGUCAGCAGUCGUGGCAACAAUCUCCACGAGGUGGAACCAGCGACGACAGAGUCGGAAAACUUUCUGGUGUCCAUGCCUAACAAAUAUCGCAAAAACAUGUGGGUCAAGCGCGGCGAUUUCCUUCUGGUGGAACCUAUCGAGGAGGGCGACAAAGUCAAAGCGGAAAUAUCCAAAAUCCUCACCAGCGACCAUGUCAAAGAAUACACCAAGGCGGGAAUAUGGCCGGAACGAUUUGCCAAGAAUCCCCCGCAAGAGGCCAAAGCACAAAACGAUGAGGAUGAUUCCGACUUUGAAGAUGAUUUGACGCCCAACACAAAUCGUCCCGUCCAGGAGUCCGAUGAAGAGGACGAGGACACUGAGAGCAGCGAUGAGGAAGACUGACACGAGGGCUUGAGUGCAUUGUGGAGGUGCAUUACAAAAUAUUAGCUUUGUAUAUUUUUUUAAUCUUUUUCUUAUCAUUUGCUUACUUUUUGCCCAUCUUUUAAAAUGUAACAAAAUAAUAUAGAUGGGUCACUACGAGUUAAUUGUUGUUCUUGUGGCUGCUGCUAGUCUAAAUGUGGUAA